GCCGCUGGAGGGGACCCGGGGCCGCGGCGGCGGCCAGCCGGCAGCUGCCGAGCAUAAAAGUCAUGGGGCUGGGGGGCCGGCGGGAGCGCCAUGAAGGCCGGCGGGGGGGCCGCAUCCGACCCGGAGAGCGGCGGCGGCGGCGGCAGCAGCGGCAGCGAGAGCAGCUCGGACAAGUCCCUGCCCCCCGCCGGGGGCCCGGGCAAGCGCCAGCGCCAGCGCCCCCGGCUGAGCGGGCUGAGCAAGCAGCGGCAGGCGGCCAACGCCCGGGAGAGGGACCGGACCCACAGCGUCAACUCCGCCUUCAGCGCGCUCCGCACGCUCAUCCCCACCGAGCCCGCCGACCGCAAACUCUCCAAGAUCGAGACGCUGCGCCUGGCCGCCAGCUACAUCGCGCACCUGGCCAACGUGCUGCUCCUGCAGCAGGGCGAGGGGGCGGAGCAGCCUUGCCUGCAGUACCAGCCCCGCCUGCAGGGCGGCAGCGCCGCGGCGGCCCCCCGGCCCAUCUGCACCUUCUGCCUCGGUACCCAGAGGAAGCUGAACAGAGAAGGGGAGAAAAACUUGUCUAUUUAAAGUUUAAGUGGACAUUGAAUCAGAUGAGAAGCUUGCACAAAUCUUGCACUGACUAUAGAACUGUUUUAGAUAACUUCUCUUUAUUCACAAUGUUUACACUGAAAUUAUGCAACAGUAAAAACUACUUUUUAAACUAUAAAAAAAAACCCACUGCUGUGCACUUUGCUUUACAUUGUGACAGGUUAGUUCAUGGUGUUUUGCCAAUGAAACUGAACACUGUGGGGACAGUUGCACCUGGUGUAGCUGCUAUUUUAAUGCAAGAAAUGUUAACCUAAGCAGCCAAGCCCUGAUCUUGAUGGCUCCUCAACUUAUGUCACAUGAUGAAACUUGAGCUUUAAAACCACACAGCAUCUCCUGUCAAUGGAAGCUGUCAUAACAUGCCAUCCUCUGUGCCUUGAACCAGUAUUGGGCUGUACAGUUGUACACUCAUCUGUGUGAGAGAAAGUGGCAGCUGACAUGUUGAGGGUCUUUGAAUUACACUGAGAUUAUUUUAAAGGUACUCACCCAAAAGCCAGAAUAAUCACGAUUAAAAGUGGCAUGUGCCUAGGUGUAGGGUGAGCUGCAGUACAACAGAAUGCCUCUUAAAGAGACAGCCAAGAUGGGAGGAAGUCACUAUCUCAGUCAAUACUGAGGAAAGCUGAGAAGUGCUGUGCCAGGGAUGUUUUUUUUCAUAAUACACAGUGUGUGCUGUGCCAGUCCUCUAAAUAGUGUGGGAUCUUUCUAAAUUUGUUCUUGUUAAGCCCAGAGAAUAGGGAGGGUUUCCCCCGGGCUCUCUAAAUUUGUCAGCUAGGUUAUUCCCAAAUUGUGCCUUUACAUCACUGAUGUCAUUUAUCACUGUUAGUUUAUGAACUUGAAAACUUUAUUUGAAAUGGAGUCUAAAAAGCACAGGUCUGUCAUGGUUCCCAAUUUGGGCACAAUGAGAACUGAAAAAAGCAGCUAAAAUAUUAAAUCUCCAUAUCCAGGUCAAUUUACAAUGGAUGGUUUAGAAAACAGUAAGUUUUACCCACUUUCUGAAUUUGGAUACAAGUUUUAGCGCCCAGUCUCUAUGGGACUUAAGUUUAAAAAAAAAAAAAGUCAGACAUAGCUAGUGAAGCACAGAAUGACCCCAAGAAGUCAGGGUUAACAGUCGUUAAAUAAGCAUCUCCUGCCCUCCUAAAUAUUGUAUGUACCUUAAAAAUAUCAACUGUGUGUGUUAUAUACCUCCACUAUGGAAUUUUAGAGUAAUUUAUGCCAUCCUGAGAAAGGCUUAUGUUUGCUGCACAGAAUAAUUGUCUUCCCACCACUACCAGGACACCGCUUCUCCUGGUUGGUUACACCCUCUUGAAGCACUCUGUUGUUAUGUCAAAGCCAAUAUGGUGGGAUAAGGAAAGGUAGGCUGAACUUGUUGAGAUGUUAUCGUGUAGUUGACUUUCCUUCACCUCACUCCCCAUCCAACACAUACAGAGCAAAUUCUGCAGAUUUUUCCAAUAGACACACCAAAAAAACAUAUUGGAGACCUCAUUACUUUGGUCUUGGAACUUUGAAUUCCUGCUGCUCCCCCCACCGGACAUUUUUCAGUGCCACUUUAAGACAAGUUCUGUUGUACCUACAGGAGCUGUAGGAAAUUUCUCCUCAAAGAGGCUGAUCCACAAAAUACUGAUUCCAAUUGGACUAUUCGUGUUCAAGUUGCACAUGUGCUUCAGUGCUUUCCGGAGUGAGGUCUGAAUUUCCUGCUUUUAGUACGCUAUUAUCUUUACUGCAUCCUUAGCACUCUUUCAGUGCAGUAAUUCAAACCGCUGCCAGUUUAACUUUUUUGCUUUGGUGUUGAUCAAUGUUUUCUGUAAAAUGGGACUUAUUCACAUUUUUAGACUGUACAUUUAUUUUUGAGUGCAGAUUUCUACAAAUAUGCCCUCCCAAGUUUUGCUUUGUUUUUCAAAUGGUUUUGUAAUUGCUUAAACUGGAUGUGUAAAUUUUUUAAAAUUUACAUUUUUAUAGUUUUGAAAGCAGAUCUUUAUUUUAGAUGGUACUGUAGAUUAUCUUGAAACAUGAUAAAACUAUAUCAAAUGUUAGCUCCUUUAACAGAAAUAAACAGACUCACUUAUAUAAACAGUUGUAUCUUCCAUUAGGAUACUGUAAGUGAUAAAAUGUUUAAAGAACUGCAAUUUCAAAUACUUUUUUUUAAGGUUUGUUUUAUAUUACAAAUAUUCUCUAAUUGCAGAAAUUCAUAAAGAAGUUGAACAAAAUAGUAAUUUUGGACUUUCAUAAACAACUAAUGUUCAUUUAAUUUUUAAUAGAAUCUCCUGGCAAAUGUAGCAUAUUUACAUUUAGUAUGAUUGCAUUUCUAAGUUUUUAAAGGCAAUCAACAUUGAAAGGUGUGGUCCACUAUUUUUAAUGUAGCGUUAACUUAAAAGCAACUCAUGAACAAGUGAUUUGCACAGUGCUACAGCAUUUUUAAAGAUGGGAUCCCACAUCCGUGGUAUUUAUCUGCUAUGUGUCAAACUUACACAGGAUGGUUUUGCUCCUGCUUCCAUUUAAGUCAAUGACAAAAUGGGAGCACUAUGCUUAAAAAAAAAAAGUGGGGGGGCGCAGCGUUGAAGGGACAUACUCCACAGUGAAUAGGACUUAAUGUGGCAUUAAAUGCUGCAGUCCUUACUCAUUAAAACUGUUCACUUUCAAGAGGACUGGGCCCAGGGUUUCGAUUAUUAAAUAUUAUUUGCAUUGUUGUAACACCUAUAGGUUCCAAUCUGACCCGCAGUGCAUUAGGCUCUGUGUUACAUGCAUAUAAACAGUACCUGCCCUCUAAAGCCUAUGCUGGUAAGAUUUCAUAGACACAGGCCCCAAUUCUGCAGACAGGUGUGAAUAACUUUAUGCAUGUGAGUACCAUUGAACUCAGUGGGGCAGAUGCUCAGCUGGUAUAAACUGUCAUAGCUCCAUUAAAGUUCUUUGAGAAUUUGUUAACUGAGGAUCUUCUCCAGUGUCUCUACUCACGUGCAUACAUGCAUGCAGAACUGAGUCGUUAUUGAUAAACGGGUUCUCCAAUCAGUGUGAAAGAUCUGGAUAGUGGACAACGUAAUGACACUUAGUUUUCAAGAGACAUGUAUUUAACAAUUAGGAGUCACAACUGAGGAGUGAAAACUAAAUUUAUUAGGAUGCUUAUUGUAUUUACUCCAUUUGAAUAUGUCUGUGUGCCUUAUCAAUUCUGUUUAAGUCAGUCACACAUUGUUUGUAGCAUGCACAGACUUGGAUGUCUAAAACUGAAUACUUUAAACUCACAUUUAGGCACCUAAAUAAAAUCAUUUUUUUCAAGAGGUGCUGAAAACCAUCCACUCCCACUGAAAAUAUUGAUUUUAUAUAUGAGUAUAAUAUUAAUAAAUUAUGAAUAAAAGUGUACCUAAUUUAAAACCCUAUAAUUAUUUUCCCUCUGUAGACUUGGCUAUUCAAGUUUAGGUACAUCUGUUUUAUCCAGAGGCUCGUUGGUAAGACACAGAAGCCAAUCAGAUUUUAUAAAAUGAUCAUUUUAAAAAUUAAACCUCCAUACUCCACAUUAUCAUAGCCAUUGAAUCUGUUGCAAACAUACAAAAAGUGCCCGCAAAAAGGACAAAUCAAAAUAUGAUUUGAUUAGGUUUAUUAAACAAGUAUUUGACCAUACUAUUUGAUUACUUAUAAACUAAUCGGAAUGUACGUCUGAAUGUUCUUUAAGGUGUUUGUUACUAUAUUUUAAAGUAAUUGUUCUUCAAGCAGAAGUGUUUCCUUUCUAAUGUGUACUUGAAAAAAAUCCAGCUUCUGUAUAAAAUCCAUAUUUGUUUGCAAAAUGUGCUAUUUUGCUAAAAUAAACUAUUUUUAUAACUUGUAUAAACAAUAAAAUGUUAAAGUUCUGG